GAAAUUGACAAGGGUGGCCAGUUACUAUUAUAACAUGUACUACCUGAUGCAACCGAGCAAAGUAUAUAAGUUGGUAGUGUCGACUCGAUUAAGUCACCAGACGCUUUCAGUCGAUUCCACCUACAACAACCACACCAACAUCAUGCAGGUCCAACUCAUCCUUGUUUCCCUCGUUGCAUUGGCUGUUUUUACAUCCGGAGAGGAACAGCCCAAAUACACAGACACUGUCGCCAAGUCAUCCGAGCAACAGUACGCUCCUAUGCCUCACUCGUUUGCCUGGGAAGUGAAGGACGAGCCGAGCAAGAACGACUACUCGCACCAACAGGAAAGCGACGGUAAAGUCACGACCGGAUCCUACCGCGUUGCCUUGCCCGAUGGCCGCACCCAAAUCGUCACCUACACGGCCGACCAAAACGGAUACGUCGCUGAAGUCAAAUACGAAGGAGAGGCCCAAUAUCCCGCACCUUCUUCAUACAACAACAAACCAUCGGCGAGUUAUCCGACCGAACAGGCGAAACCAACAACAGCUUACCCCGUUGCUUGAAUAGCCCGAACCAC